CUAAUCUAUCUGUCACUCUAUCACACACACACACACACACACACACACACACACACACACACACACACACACACACACACACACACACACACACACACACACACACACACACACACACACACACACACACACACACACACACACACACACUAGGCAAUGCCUACUGUCUCUUACACAUGCACAUGUAAGCACGCUUGCUUAAUAUGUCCCACCGUACAUAUUCACUUUAUCAAAAGAAAAAAAUAUAAAGAAAAAUGAACAGACCCCAGGGAAUCCUUUUCACAUCCUAUGCCAUCAGGGACUUUGAUGAUCUUAAACCAUUGCUGUUGUAGCCAUGACCCCAACUUUCAUCAACUCAUUGAAUGCGCCCAUGUCCAUGUCCCUCCUGAUCAUUCCUUCCAUUAAGACCACUUCUGAGCACAGUAUGUCUUCCCCGUCCCCUCUGUGUGGUCCAUCAACCAUGUCCCCCCCCCCUCCCCCGACCGAUCGCUUUCUUCCGCCUCAACCUCGAAACACGGCAGUUAUAAACCACAGGGUGAUUUUCAGUAUCACACUGGUCUUCAGGCCACGCCAGUUAUCCACAGGGUGAUCUACAGUAUUCGGGGACAUCAUCAUCACCGUCAUUCACUUUGGUUACUGUCCUGUAUCGUGAGAUAUUGGCAUGCAGGGAUUUCUAAGCAAUCAACUUUUUUCUCUUCAAAUCUUUUUUUCUAUUCCCUCUGGUGACACUUUUCUUUAUCCUCAAGACACUGCCUAUACAGAGAGCUUGGUUCAACACCCUCCCCCCCCCCCCCCCCCCCCAAAUAUCACACAACAACCAAACAAAAGGAGUUUUGCCUUGAUGGCAGACUGAAAAAGGAAGGACAUGGCGUUGGAGAACAGGGAAUUUAGAGAACCUUUACGUUGAGCGCUCUGGGCUGCCACGAUGCAUGCGGGUCUAAAGGCACAUCGACAAGUGCUCGGUUCCAGCCCCCACGUCCGAUGGAUUUUAAAGCUCUCAAAACACUGGCCAUUGGCAUUUAAACACAGCUCCAGCCUACCACACCACAAGACGGAGGAAUCACAUGGCGGAGAGGAGAAGCAAAGGGAAUGGGAUUACUACAAACACGACACCCAGAGUGCUGUGGAAGAGGGUCGCGUGUUGUAGUUUGUGACAGAGCAGUGGGUAUUGUAAGUUGGAAAUGGUUUGGAAAGUCGGUUUUCUUUGCGUUGCACUUGUUUCAGAGAAAGUGUGUCAGCGUGCUAUACUGAAUUGACACAUGAGCUUUGCCCUCCCACUCAGAGAGAAUCGGUUGGCCAGUGCAGUUCCCCUAAACUGUGCUUCUUGUACAAUGAUUUAUUUUCUUUUUUUUGAAUUCUGGGUAUGUUUUCUAACUUUAAAACAUGAAAUAAAAUUGGCCAUGACAAGGUCAAUUAAUUUGGCCAAGUCCAACUGCCUUGAGAAUGAAUAUAUAAAUAUAUAUAUAAGGAAAAUAUAUAUUUGUUUUGAGGGAAAUUGUUAUCAAAAAAUUAAAUGCUGUUUCUAUUUUAAUUGAUGACUGGUGAAUGGGUUUUUUGAUGAUUGUUUUCUUAAGAAAUGUUUUGGGUUUACUAUUGUUUCUUUUUUUCUAUAGAGUAUAGACUUUUUACACUUGAAAUAUAAAGACAACAGCUUAGAGACACUGGAUUAGAAAUGCCUUUAUAGUCAAAUACAGCUGCUUCUUGAAAUGCAUUAUUGUUGAGUCUUUCUUUCAAUUUGAAAAGUGUAUUUCUAAUCGAAUAGAGAAAAUGAUCAUCAGGAACUGCAUGCAGGAUCCUGCCAGGACUUCUACACCUCAACAGGCCAAUGGAGUUGAUUUUUCUCCAGUCGAUGGUAUGGAAGACCUGUGACCAAAUAAUACAAUUAAAUCUUGCAUUAUUUGUUCCAAAAUAAUGAGUUGUAUUCAUUGUAAUCAAAUACAUAUUAUGUGGGCCUGUUAUUCCUACCUGCACCAACACUACUUUGUUCCCGAGCAAUAGCCAGCCUAUCCCACCACUUAAUACAUCAUUCGAUUUCCAACCCAUGUUUAAAAAUAGAUAUAUUCAAGUAUUGUAAGUUUAAUGAUCUAUUACCGAAUGACUCGUGUGAUGUGGUGUAGCCUAUUUUCUGUAUACAGACUUACAUGGAUGGCCAAUUAACCUAGUGAUUUAUAUAUUUUUAGGCAAUUAAUUAAAUAGGUUCCUUGUUCUCUAAUACAACCCCAAUCCGUGGUUAUUGUCAAAAAUCUGACGUAUGACAAGUGUUUAGGCAGCCAUUCUAAUUGGUAAAAUAGCCCGAGUGCUUCCCUAAUAGAAGGGGAGCGUGAGGAACUAGCCUACAUUCAGUAGGCCAAUUAUAUAUCCUCUCAAAAAAGGCGCUGUAUGGGGUGCGGGAAGAUUUGCGGGAGACUUACCCAAUAGCUCUAACUAUUCAGCUUUAAAAAUAAAUAAAAAUAAUGAUACGCAUGAAUUAACCAGUGGCUUCUAAGAUGGUAAAGCAGCACCAUUGUGAGUGAACCAUUGGGUUCUUAGUGGGUAGAGCAGCACCAUUCUGAAUUAACCAGUGGGUUCUAAGGUGGUAGAGCAGCCCCAGUGCGUCCUCCCAGCCUGAUGUCCCCAGUGAGGCUUCCGGACUGAAGAGCUUCUGCGCCGCUUCCGCCGCCAUUGCGGUUUUCGGAGUAAAGCUUGUGCCGCCGUAGCCGCUGCUCCUCUCCGAUGCGGUGGAUAUAACGCACGGACCGGGGGACAUAUUUGACAUUUCUGACAACGGAAUUUGUUUUUCAAACGUUCAAAAACACUCAGUUUUGCCGCCCUGAUCCGGCUUCGUUAUCUCCUCCCUGGCUCCGACCUACAGAGAUAAGGAGAGGUCGUAGCUAGCGCGGCUAAGCUACUCCCACUGUCAGCUAGCUGUAGAGCUACAACAUCAGCACCAUUGAGGGACCAAACUCAAGCAACAUGGCUCAAAUACUGCCUAUCCGCUUCCAGGAGCACCUGCAGCUGCAGAACCUUGGAAUCAACCCAGCCAACAUCGGGUUCAGCACUCUGACCAUGGAGUCUGAUAAAUUCAUUUGCAUCAGAGAGAAGGUGGGCGAACAGGCCCAAGUGGUUAUUAUUGACAUGGCCGACCCCAACACUCCCAUCCGCAGACCCAUCUCUGCAGACAGCGCGAUCAUGAAUCCAGCCAGUAAAGUGAUCGCCCUCAAAGCUGCAAAGACUCUACAGAUCUUUAACAUUGAGAUGAAGAGCAAGAUGAAGGCCCACACCAUGACGGAUGACGUGACGUUCUGGAAGUGGAUCUCCCUCAACACGGUCGCCCUGGUCACCGACAAUGCCGUCUACCAUUGGAGCAUGGAAGGAGACUCCCAGCCAAUCAAAGUCUUUGACCGUCACUCCAGCCUGGCCGGAUGUCAGAUCAUUAACUACCGCACCGAUGCCAAACAGAAAUGGCUUCUGCUGAUUGGUAUUUCAGCACAGCAAAACCGUGUGGUGGGGGCCAUGCAGCUGUACUCGGUGGACAGGAAGGUGUCCCAGCCCAUCGAAGGCCAUGCCGCGGGCUUCGCCCAGUUCAAGAUGGAGAGCAACACAGAGGAGUCCACUCUGUUCUGCUUCGCCGUGCGGGGACAGGCCGGAGGAAAGCUGCACAUCAUCGAGGUGGGCACUCCACCGACGGGCAACCAGCCGUUCCCAAAGAAAGCCGUGGACGUGUUCUUCCCACCGGAGGCCCAGAACGACUUCCCCGUCGCCAUGCAGAUCAGCUCCAAGCAGGACGUGGUGUUCCUCAUCACCAAGUAUGGCUACAUCCACCUGUAUGACCUGGAGACCGGCACCUGCAUCUACAUGAACCGCAUUAGCGGGGAGACCAUCUUCGUGACCGCCCCCCACGAGCCAACCGCGGGCAUCAUCGGGGUCAACAGGAAAGGACAGGUGCUGUCGGUGUGCGUGGAGGAGGAGAACAUCAUCCCCUACAUCACUAACGUGCUGCAGAACCCUGACCUGGCACUGCGCAUGGCCGUGCGCAACAACCUGGCCGGCGCCGAGGAGCUGUUCGCCCGCAAGUUCAACACCCUGUUUGCAGCAGGGAACUACUCCGAGGCGGCCAAGGUGGCAGCCAACGCACCCAAGGGCAUCCUCCGUACCCCGGACACCAUCCGGCGCUUCCAGAGCGUGCCCGCCCAGCCGGGCCAGACGUCCCCCCUGCUGCAGUACUUUGGCAUCCUGCUGGACCAGGGCCAGCUCAACAAGUUUGAGUCCCUAGAGCUGUGCAGACCGGUGCUCCAGCAGGGACGCAAGCAGCUGCUGGAGAAGUGGCUCAAGGAGGACAAGCUGGAGUGCUCAGAGGAACUGGGGGACCUAGUGAAGUCUGUGGACCCCACACUGGCCCUCAGCGUCUACCUGAGGGCCAACGUCCCAAACAAGGUCAUCCAGUGUUUUGCAGAGACGGGCCAGUUCCAGAAGAUUGUCCUCUACGCUAAGAAGGUGGGGUACACCCCGGACUGGAUCUUCCUGCUCAGGAACGUGAUGCGCAUCAGUCCGGAGCAGGGCCUGCAGUUCUCCCAGAUGCUGGUCCAGGACGAGGAGCCACUGGCUGACAUCACACAGAUCGUGGACGUGUUCAUGGAGUACAACCUGAUCCAGCAGUGCACCUCCUUCCUGCUGGACGCCCUGAAGAACAACCGGCCCACCGAGGGCCCGCUGCAGACGCGCCUGCUGGAGAUGAACCUGGUGCACGCCCCCCAGGUUGCCGACGCUAUUCUGGGCAACCAGAUGUUCACCCACUACGACCGCGCCCACGUGGCCCAGCUGUGCGAGAAGGCGGGCCUCCUGCAAAGGGCGCUGGAGCACUACACCGACCUGUACGACAUCAAGCGGGCCGUGGUGCACACGCACCUGCUCAACCCUGAGUGGCUGGUGAACUUCUUCGGCUCCCUGUCAGUGGAGGACUCCCUGGAGUGCCUGCGGGCCAUGCUGUCGGCCAACAUCCGGCAGAACCUGCAGAUCUGCGUCCAGGUGGCCUCCAAGUACCACGAACAGCUCUCCACGCAGUCCCUCACCGAGCUCUUUGAGUCCUUCAAGAGCUUCGAGGGCCUCUUCUAUUUCCUGGGCUCCAUCGUGAACUUCAGCCAGGACCCCGAGGUCCACUUCAAGUACAUCCAGGCGGCCUGCAAGACAGGCCAGAUCAAGGAGGUGGAGCGCAUCUGCCGCGAGAGCAACUGCUACGACCCCGAGCGCGUCAAGAACUUCCUCAAGGAGGCCAAGCUGACGGACCAGCUGCCUCUGAUCAUCGUGUGCGACCGCUUCGACUUCGUCCACGACCUGGUGCUGUACCUCUACCGCAACAGCCUGCAGAAGUACAUCGAAAUCUAUGUGCAGAAGGUGAACCCUAGCCGCUUGCCCGUGGUCAUUGGGGGGCUGCUGGACGUGGACUGUGCCGAGGACGUCAUCAAGAACCUGAUCAUGGUGGUGCGGGGGCAGUUCUCCACCGACGAGCUGGUGGCCGAGGUGGAGAAGAGGAACAGACUGAAGCUGCUGCUGCCCUGGCUGGAGGCCCGCAUCCACGAGGGCUGCGAGGAGCCGGCGACGCACAACGCCCUGGCCAAGAUCUACAUCGACAGCAACAACAACCCGGAGCGCUUCCUGCGGGAAAACCCCUUCUACGACAGCCGUGUGGUGGGCAAGUACUGCGAGAAGAGGGACCCCCACCUGGCCUGCGUGGCCUACGAGAGGGGCCAGUGCGACCAGGAGCUCAUCCACGUCUGCAACGAGAACUCUCUGUUCAAGAGUCUGUCUCGCUACCUAGUGCGUCGCAAAGACCCCGAGCUGUGGGCCAGCGUGCUGCUGGAGACCAACCCUUACAGGAGACCCCUGAUCGACCAGGUGGUGCAGACCGCCCUCUCGGAGACCCAGGACCCGGAGGAGGUGUCGGUCACGGUCAAGGCCUUCAUGACGGCCGACCUACCCAACGAGCUCAUCGAGCUGCUGGAGAAGAUCGUCCUGGACAACUCUGUGUUCAGCGAGCACCGGUAGGGAGAUCUCUUUUUGUCUGCAUGGUGGCUGUAGCCCAUGGAUGUACCAUGGAUUAGGGCUGGGCGAUAUGGACCAAUACUCAUAUCUCGAUAUUUUUGGUUCGAAUGGCGAUAUACGAUGUUAUAACGAUAUUUUGAACAAAACGGGUAAAGUGUGUAG